AUGGCAAAGAUCUUUUUAUGGAACAUUUUUCAAAGGAUCGACACGGAUAGAAACGGCUCUAUUAAUGGUGAUGAACUUCAGAGGGCCUUGGCAAAUGGUACUUGGACUCCUUUUAAUCCUGAGACCAUACGACUUAUGAUGGGGAUGUUUGAUACAGAUGGCAAUGGUGUGAUUGAUUUCAAUGAAUUUGCUGGUCUUUGGCAGUAUGUCUGUGACUGGCAGGAAUCAUUUCGCAGCUUUGACACUGAUAGCUCUGGAACAAUUGACAGAAAUGAGUUAAAAGCAGCUCUUCGAAGUUUCGGAUACAAUCUAUCGGAGAGAUUUUACGGAAUACUUAUCAGAAAGUUCGAUAGAACUGGCAGUGGAGAUAUUCGCUUUGAUGAUUUCAUUCAGUGUUGUGUUGUUCUUCAGACUUUGACCAACGCUUUCAAACAACGCGAUCAUAACUUCAAUGGAUGGAUAACCGUCAGCUACGAACAAUUUUUAGCAAUGGUGUUUAGUUGCAAGACGAAGUAGAUAUAUCGUCUGCAAUACUGCCGAACAUUGACGUACCUUAUGCUAUUUUAUGUAUUUUAUAUAUAUGCACAAGUUCACAACAAAUAUUUUUAACAAUAGUGUUAAGUUGCAAGACGAAAUAGAAAUAUCGUCUGCAAUACUGCCGAACAUUAACGUACCUUAUGCUAUUUUAUGUAAAUAUAUAUACACAAGUUCACAACAAUUAUUUUUAACAAUGGUGUUUAGUUGCAAGACGAAAUAGAUAUAUCAUCUGCAAUACUGCCGAACAUUGACGUACAUUAUGCUAUUUUAUGUAAAUAUAUAUGCACAAGUUCACAACUAAUAUAAUUACAUUCUUCAAUGUAA